GCUCCUCCGCAAUCGAGGGGUUCGGAUUGUUGCUGUGCGCUUUGAGAUUUCAAGAGUAUACUCCUUUUCUGAGUUUGGUAUACAUUUUUUUUUUCAGAAAUGCGUGUCUUUCAGCGACUAACUUUAAUCUUGAGUUUCCUUUUAAUUUCGUUUUUCAUAUUGUAGCAACCUGUGUAGCAUACGGUCGUCGAUGUAACAGUCUUUAAUAGUUCUUCUUAGAGUUAACCUUUUUUGAUAUGUUAAUCACGUACUAUGUACUGAGAAGAUACGAGGAAAAAAGAAAAAAAAAUCGCGUCUGCACGGGAGCAUUGCGAAUACUGUAUCGCUUUCAUCUUUCUGUUUUUUUUUCUUUUGUAUAUAUUUUUUAUCAUUUUAACCGCGAACUGUAGCGUAACAGUCUUCUUAGUAUAUAGCCAUCAAGGUGUUGGAGACUUAGCUUUGCGGAUAUUGGAAAGGGUUAUUAGAUUCAUAAGUCACACAAGUGGUGGGCGACCCGCUGAGGAAAGCAGAAGUUCUCACAUGAUGACUUCAAACAAGACACACUACCUUCCAGCAUCUGUUGGAGAAACUGGAUUUUAAGACACCUCUGUCUCUAGGACAGCUAAGAAACAAUGAAGAAUGUAACCUGCGCUGCAUCAGGUCUGCCUUUGUCAGGAAUGGUCCGGUCCACGUGUGAUCAAAUAUUCUCAGGACUGACAUGGCCUGGAAGUACUCACGUGACAAGGCGUAUGGAUGCGUUUGGGGUAAAGGGAUAUCGAGGGGCGCUUUAUGAAAGCGUGCUUUUUGCCCUCCUAAGUCUGCUUGCGACCGAGACGUCGUUUCAGCACUUUGGACAGAGACAGCGCUGCAGACAAUCUGUAACGAGAGGACUUAACGAGCUGUUGGGAUGCAAACUUAAAAGUCUUCUGACUGUUUUUCUUUUCUGAGCCAGUUUCAUUUUAAUGCCAAAUACAACGCUUUGGACUUCAAUUUGAUUAGGAAAUCGUCACCUAGAUAUUGCUUUGUCAUCGCUUUGUUUGAAAAAAAAAAAAAAACCAAAAAGUUGAAAUAUCAGCACUGCUGUCAAGUGUCAGUUCUCAGCCUGCUUCUCUUGGUCCUCAAUACAGCGACAACUUUGGGAAAUGCAAGUGUGGGUCUGUGAAGUAAAAUCACUAAUUGUGGGGUCUUGCUGCUGAGCACGUUCCACCAGGUGAGAAGAGUGAUGACCAUCUUGUUCAUUACUAUGGUUAUUUCAUACUUUAGUUGCAUGAAAGCUGCUCCCAUGAAAGAUGCCGGCGUCAUCCGAGGUCACGCCGGACCGGGCUACCUUGGAGCACGGACCCAUGGGACUUUGGAGAGCAUGGGUGUACCCCAACGUGGAUUGCCGUCACUAGCGGACACUUUUGAGCAGGUCAUUGAGGAGCUGCUUGAUGGGGGAAAUGAGCCUCAGCCUGCCACAAAGGGGGCUGAUCCCAAGGAUGCGGACAUGUACACAUCACGCGUAAUGAUCAGUAGCCAAGUGCCUUUGGAACCCCCUCUGCUCUUUCUCCUGGAGGAGUAUAGAAACUACCUGGACUCAGCAAACAUGUCCAUGAGGGUGCGCCGCCACUCAGACCCGGCCCGCCGAGGCGAGCUCAGCGUAUGUGACAGUAUUAGUGAAUGGGUGACAGCUGUUGACAAAAAGACGGCAGUGGACAUGUCAGGGCAGACGGUAACCGUCCUGGAAAAGGUCCCUGUACCAAACGGCCAAUUGAAGCAAUACUUUUAUGAGACCAAAUGUAACCCAAUGGGCUACACCAAGGAAGGCUGCAGAGGAAUCGACAAGAGGCAUUACAAUUCCCAGUGUCGGACGACCCAGUCAUAUGUACGAGCUCUCACUAUGGAUAGCAAAAAAAAAAUUGGCUGGCGCUUUAUAAGAAUAGACACUUCCUGUGUAUGUACAUUAACCAUUAAGAGAGGGAGAUAGUGAAUUUAACGUUGUAUAGAUUUUAUUGAGAGAAAAAAAGAGAAAUUAUCUAUUUGUAUAUAUACAUAACAGGGUAAAUUAUUCCGUUAAAUGAUAAUUUUAUGGACUGCAUGUAAAGUUUAAAAAAAAAAAGAAAAAAAAAAGAAGUUUAUACAGUAAAGUGGUAAUACGGUCUAUUUAUUGAACAUAUCCAUGACCAAGACAAAUAAAAGAAAAAAAAAAUAAAGUCAUCUGCGCACAAUUUCAAAUAAUUCUGUAUUACAUUCCUCAAGACAUUGUGGUUUGUUUACGUUGCCAAGAAUCUGAAAAAAUAAUUAAAUAGAAAACACAGAAAGUAAAAUGAAUGAAAAAAUAUUGCAUGCUGCUUCGAUUGUGAAGUGAGAAACUGUCCACUUUGAAAAAGGAAAUCAAUUCUGACCAAAACAUUCCGUUUACAUUUUAGACAGUAAGUGAUCUUUAUUCCUGUUAGUAUUAUACUUGUUUACUGCUUUAAACUUCUACAGAUAGCAUUGGAAUUCAAUUCAAAUGUCAAGGUGCUGUUGUCAAAGCUUUGCUGUUUAUUUUUUUAUUCCCACAAAGUUUAAAAAAUGAGAUAUAAAAGAUUAUUCAUUGACAUAUGUUCUGCAAAAUAUAAUUCAUUUUGUAUGUUGUGACGUUGUUUGCAAUAUUAAAUUAAAAUAUUUGAUGAAAAAAAAAAAGAAAUCCUAUAGGCAACUGAAAACUAAACCAAUGAAAAUAAAGGUUUAACUCUCCCUUUGUGAGUUAUCCAUGGGUA